AUGUAUUUGAAGAUUCCUGGAAGAAAUUCUAGCAGAGUCAAAGGCCACAUUGAAAUUGCAUUGAGCCAAGUUUGCCACCAAGAGCCCAAUAAUCACCAUGAUGCUGAGCACCAAGGCAGGGAGGGGAUCGUAGUUAAUGUCAGGGGCCUACCCUGGUCCUGCUCAGCUGAUAAAGUGAUGUGCCUCUUCUCUGAUUGCAAAAUCCAAAAUGGCACAUCAGGUAUUCAUUUCAUCUACACCAGAGAAGGCAGACCAAGUGGUGAAGCAUUUGUUGAACUUGAAUCUGAAGAUGAAGUGAAAUUGGCUUUGAAGAAGGACAGAGAAACCAUGGGACAUAGAUAUGUUGAAGUAUUCAACUCCAACAGUGUUGAAAUGGAUUGGGUGUUGAAGCAUACAGGUCCAAAUAGUCCUGAUACUGCCAACGAUGGCUUCGUCCUGCUGAGAGGACUCCCAUUUGGCUGUAGCAAGGAAGAGAUUGUUCAGUUCUUUUCAGGGUUGGAAAUUGUGCCAAGUGGGAUGACACUGCUGGUGGACUUUCAGGGGCGGAGCACAGGGGAGGCUUUUGUGCAAUUUGCUUCACAGGAGAUAGCUGAAAAGGCCUUAAAGAAACACAAGGAAAGGAUAGGGCACAGGUACAUUGAAAUCUUCAAGAGUAGCAGAGCUGAAGUCCGAACCCACUAUGACCCCCCUUGAAAGCUCAUGGCUCUGCAGCGACCAAGUCCUUAUGACAGGCCAGGAGUUGGCAGAGGAGCUGGUUUUGAGAGGAUGAGGUGGGGUGCAUAUGGUGGAGGGUAUGGAGGCUGUGAUGACUACGGUGGCUAUAAUGAUGGGUAUGGCUUUGGGUCUGAUAGAUUUGGAAGAGACCUCAAUUACUGUUUCUCAGGAAUGUCUGAUCAUAGAUAUGGAGAUGGUGGGUCCAGUUUCCAGAGCACCACAAGGCAUUGUGUACGCAUGAGGGGGUUACCUUACAGAGCCACUGAGGAUGAUAUUUACAUUUUUUUCUCACCUCUUAACCCCAUGAGAGUACAUAUUGAAAUUGGACCAGAUGGCAGAGUUACUGGUGAGGCAGACGUUGAAUUUGCUACUCAUGAAGAUGCUGUGGCAGCUAUGGCAAAAGAUAAAGCUAAUAUGCAACACAGAUAUGUGGAGCUCUUUUUGAAUUCUACUGCAGGAACAGGGGCAAGUGGUGGUGCUUAUGGUAGCCAAAUGAUGGGAGGGAUGGGCUUAUCCAACCAGUCUAGUUGGGGUCCUGCUAGCCAGCAGCUGAGUGGUGGUUAUGGAGGUGGUUAUGGUGAUCAGAGCAGUAUGAGUGGUUAUGGCCAAGUUCUGCAGGAAAACUCCAGUGACUAUCAGUCAAACCUUGCUUAUAUAGAGAAGGAGCACUAA